UUCUUAACAAGAUUUGAAUUCGUUUUCAUCCAUUCGCUCUUUCGUGGACAGUUGAGGAUCGAUGGCGGCACUCUUCUCUGAUUUUGAGCACGCCAGAUGUAUCAGUUAAUGGCGGGCUUUGUCAGCCCGCCUUCUGAUUGGACAAGAGACUCAUUCUCUAGAAGGCGCGUCUUGGGGUAUGUGACGUCCCCUCUUUCUACCCAUGACAUUCCCGGCUCCCCCCAUUCGGUCCAUAUCCUACUGGAAGGGUACUGCAGAGAUGUUGGGUCCGAUCGUUUUGAGGCUGAUGGCUCAGUCACCCUUGUCCGUGGCCCGCUGACUGUCCUUGUGGAUACCGGUGGCCCGUGGUCCCGUGAUAUUAUCCUGGAGGCUCUCCAGGGCCAUGGUGUGACUCCCAGUGAUGUCACCCACGUAAUCUGCACCCACGGACACUCGGAUCAUGCCGGCAACCUCAACCUCUUCCCGAAGGCUGAGAUUCUGGUGUCGUACGACCUGUGGCGGGAUGGCUCCUACGUCUAUCACAACUUCCGUGGAGGCGAACCUUACUUGCUGACCGGUGGGGAAGGGCUGAAGGUGGUGGCAACGCCAGGUCACACCGGCAGCGACAUAACCCUCCUCGUUCCUGGCACCAGUCUCGGCACGGUGGCUGUGGCCGGAGAUGUCUUUGAGCGGGAGGGAGAUGAAGACUCUUGGAGGGAACUUAGCGAAAACACAGAGGUUCAAGAGAAGAGCCGGAGGACUUUGUUGAAUUUGGCGGAUGUGAUCGUUCCCGGACACGGACCUCCGUUCAGGGUCAUUCGGGCCGGGCAGGACCCGGAACCUCAAUAAAGCCAAUUGACUCCUAC